CUCAGCCUAUGAAUGUGAGCCAGCCACUGGUACCACCCCCUUCUUAUGACACAACAACUGGUCCUGCUCCCUAUGACACAACAACUGGUCCUGCUCCCUAUGACAUCAACAAUCAAGGUUCUGACAUGAGUAAGCCCCCUUUGCCUGGUGGAGAUAUGAGUGGUGCUGCCUACCCACCUGGUGAUGGUUAUACUAUUCAGCCAGCAGGCGCUCCGCCCUACCCAGCUGGAGCCUAUCCGACAGGCCAGUUUACUGCCCCGCCCUAUGGUGUACAGCCCUACCCAGGAGCAAGCCUCCCCCCUCAGACAGGAUAUGAGCCCUCUGCACCACCUUCUGCAGCCCAGCCUUACCCUGGAGCAAACCCUCAGCCCUACCCUGGAGGAAACCUCCCACCUCAGUCCUACCCUGGAGCAAACCUCCCACCCCAGCCUUACCCCGCCUCACAUAUACAGUUUGACUCCCAGGGAGCUGUGCCUUAUCCUGCACAGCCACCACCCCAGUGAGACUAAGGAUGGUCCCAUAUCUUGGCGACUAUGAAAAGCAUUGUCAACACUGCGGCUAUAUGAAGAGAAAAACGUCACUACAAAGGCCGCUGUUAUUCAACUUUAUGAUCAGUUCACCAAACAAACUGUGAUCAAGAAAGUGCAAUGUUAUCUUUGAUUUUUGAAUUAAAUACAGAUGUAUGAGGGCCUAGGAUACAGAUGUUUGAGGGCCUAGGAUACAGAUGUAUGAGGGCCUAGGAUACAGAUGUAUGAGGGCCUAGGAUACAGAUGUAUGAGGGCCUAGGAUCACUAAACUGAUUGUUCCUAUGGAUCAAAAGUGGUACUUUUUACACAAACAAUGUAUGUAGAGAACAUGUCGCAAUGUUGCAGACCCACUGGUCCCUUUGUCAAGCUAGUCGGUCACAACUGGACAAAGGCACCAGUCAGUCUUGAAAUGUUGUGGAACCUUUCAUACAUAUUUAUCGUUUCAGUAUAAAGUAAAACUUUGAUACAAACAUAUUUUCAAACUGAUGAAUUUUAUUGAAGGAAAAAUGAAAGAGUUAUAUGUAGGUGGAAUUAUUCAUAGAAGUUAGGGUGCCAAGUGUAUAGGGUCACACCAGUCACCAACCAAGUAGGUGAAAUGUUUGUCCUCCGAUAAAAUAUGUAUCAAUUAUAUCAGGAAUAUUGGAGGAAAUUUUCAUCAAAUAUAUUGAGGAACUGUAAGCAUUGUGGGCUGUAUAGGU